GUUUUCCCCGUCCCCUCUCCACAACCGCAGAGGAAGUCAAGAUGGACCUGUACACAAAGAAGGUCGAAGCAGCGGCCUCCGGCGACAGGAAGAGCUGUGUGGAACUGCUAGAUUAUAUUCGAAAGGAGAAGAUCCGCGUGCCGGCGAUUGUGCUGAAGGUCGGCAAAAAGUUGAUUGCCGACGGUGGCCUCUCGUCGGAUGUGCUGUACACCAUAUUUGAGCAAACGAUUUUGGCAGCCUUGGACUUACAUGAUUUGGACGUGGUGAAUCAGUACAUUCCAGUUCUCAAGACCCGAUUCCCGAACAGCUCUCGAGUAUUGCGGCUUGAGCUGAUGGCGCUGGAGGCCAACGGCAAGUACUCUCAAGCUGACGCGUUUUACCGCGACAUGCUGCAGAAAAACCCGUCCAACAUGCUCGUCAUCAAGCGACAAGUCGCCAUUCUGAAAGCCCAAGGCAAGAUCGACGAAGCCAUCGAGCAGCUCAACAAGCUUCUGAAGAAUUUUCAGACUGACGCUGGGGCAUGGAGCGAACUGGCUGACCUCCACGUGUCCGCGGGCAAUUACGCGAAGGCGGCCUUCUGCUUUGAGGAGCUGAUCUUGACCAACCCACUCAACGCUUUCUUCCAUGAACGCCUUGCCGAAAUUUACAUCACGAUCGGAGGUUACGACAACUUGAAAGUUGCACGGAAGCACUUGGCUCACUCGUUGGAGCUCAAUGAUUCGAACAACGCCAGAGCUCUAAUGGCCUUGGUUGUGUGCACGUCAAAUCUGGCAGCCCUCAAGACUAGGGCGGACAAGGACGACAGGGAUCUCAACCUGCGAUUGCACCAGUUUGCAUUGACCAAGUUGAAUGGCGCGUAUGGCAGUCAGGCCUGCUCGGACGUGGCCAGUGUUGCGCAAGAAGUACUCGAUUCGACCAAAGCAGCGUUUGACGAGUAGAGUUGUUAGAAUACCUAUGAGUAAAUGCCAUCACUAUUGUUUCC